UAGAAAAGGUAUACAUAGAACUGAAACUGAGAAUGACAAAACCUAAGUCUGCUGUCAAAAACCUAAGUCGUGAGAAUGUAUUAGUUGAAAAAUAUGUAACCCAACAAACACAAACUCUUUCGUUUAAAAAGUUUUUAUAUUUUUGUUUGACAUUAUGGCUGACUUCCAAAACGUACUCAUACAAAGUUUGUAUACAGUUUUGUUGCGGUGCUUAAAUCUUGUAUGUGUAAAAAGUUACGAAACAUUGCAACCAUGUGCUUUGUUUAUUCUGACGUUAUGAAAUGCGAGCGAUGCAAUGUAUUAUUUUUUUAAUAAAUCAGCUGUUUGUGUUAUUUUGAAAAAAUUAUUUGUUUACAAAAACGAAAAUGGUGAGCGCUGCGGUCCAAGUUUUACUUGAUAAUUUUUUUAAUUUGUCGGAGAGUUCCACUGGAAACUCUGUCCAAAUUUUGUCUACUAUAACACACUCAAAUAAAAGGAAAAGAAAAGUUCUAAUAGCGCCUCGAAACAGUCCAAAGAAACGAAGAAAGGUUCCAAAAACCAUAAAUUUCUGGAAAGUAAUUUCAAAAAUGCCGGACGACGUAUUUAGUAGCCACUUUAGAAUGAAAAUUCGUACUUUUAAGGCAAGUUAUCUAGUUGUUGUUCCCGUAAAAUGAUUAUAAAUUAUUUAUUUCUAGACAUUGAAAAAAAUGCUAGAUCCUUUGUGGCCAAUGCGCAAUACUGGACGGCCUUGUUUGUCCUUGACCAAAUCGCUUUACAUAACCCUGUGGAAGCUUAGCAACCAGAACAGUUUCAGAGAAUUAAGUGAUCGAUUUGGUAUAGGAGCGGCAACGGCGUACAGAUCAUUUAUUAAAACGCUUAAGGUGAUUUGUUUACUUAAGAGCAAGGUGAUAGUAUUUCCAUCUACCGAAAUAAGCCAAAAAUCGACAAUAGAGCAGUUUCGGGCUAGUCGCGCAUUUCCUUUCCCUUCUGUGUUAGGAUGCAUAGACGGAACGCACAUUCGUAUAUCUCAGCCAUUAAGGGACAGCAUCAGCUACUACAAUAGAAAAGGUACAUUCUCUAUAGUAGUACAGGCCAUUGCAGAUAGUAAGAUGAGAUUCAUUGAUGUUUUUGUUGGCUAUCCCGGAAGAUGUCAUGAUGCUUCUGUGUGGCGUAGUAGUCCAAUUCGAAAAGCAAUCGUUACUAAAAAGAUAAAAAUACCACCCGAAUGCCAUUUGUUAGGAGAUGGCGCAUAUCCCCUGGAGAUGUUUUUAAUGACGCCUUAUAAGGACAAUGGAUAUCUCACACAGGAACAAAAAAAAUUUAAUUACGUGUUGAGUUCGACAAGGGUAUUUAUAGAGCAGGCAUUUGGAAUAUUAAAGAAGAAAUUCCGUAUCUUAAAUUACAUUGAACUUCAAAAUAUAGCUCUGGCCAAGCAGAUUAUUAUGGCAUGUUUGGUACUACAUAAUGUAAUAAUUGACAACGAGAAAACAAAUGUUGAUGAUAACCCAAUUAUGGAUGAAACCAUCGGUGAAAGUUUAAAUGUUGAUAGCGAAGACCAUGGGAGUACCGAUUCACAAAAGGAUGAAGCUAAGAGAAAGAGAGAGCGACUGACAAUGUUAAUUUCAGCUUAGAUACAUAUACAUUGUAACAAACAUACAGUUUGAGACAAAAAUGUCUACAUAAUGGUCAAAUAUUAAACUUUUUGUCAAAAAUGUUAAACUAAAAACUAUAUUCAAAAUAGUUUUUUAUAAUGGUGUUUAUAGAAGACAAUUCUUAACAA